AUGAACCGAGACCACUCUUAUGUGAGAAUUAGAUCUGCUAUAAGAAAACUAUCACAACCAGUUAAGAAUACUAUCAAUGAAUCUCAAAGAAUAAAAAUAUAUUCAAAUGAAGAUAAAAAGGAAAUCAAAAAAAUUAGCGAGUAUACCACUGAGGGCGCAUUAGCAAGUGUUAAAUCCGAAAGAAAUCUCGACGCACUUUUAAAAAAAUCGUAUACUCCCAGUUUAUCUCCAGACUGCAUAAGUAGUUUUGAGAAAACAAAUUUUUCAGUUUCAAAUUCGAAAACUUUUAAAACGCUUGUUUCAAUAAAAGAGCCAAAUUAUAAAAGCCAAGAAAAUUUACUACUCAUCACUCAAAAUCCAAUAUCAAAGAAAGAAGAUCUUGAUUUCAAUCGCAUAGAUAAGGUUUUUGGGGAAAGAAAGCAGCGAAGAACUGCUAGAGUCAGUACUUUGAAGCUAAAUGUAAGAACGCUAAAAAACCUUUACUCCCCCCCCCCCUCCGUGAGCGAACAAAAAAAUUUUGUUCGCUCACGGAGGGGGGUUAAUUUUUUUUUUUAAAAAAAAUUUAUAUAUAAAUUUUAUAAAAAAUAUUUUUUUCGAAAUUUAAAACAAUCCUAAUUUGCAAAAAUUGGGAAGCAAAUAUUAAUUUAAUUUGCAAAAUUUAUGUUUUAAAACGCAAUUUGUUUAAAAUUAAACAGAAUUAGCUCUAGAUUUCAUUAUACUAAUUAUCACUUAUAUAUCAAAAUUUUUUUCCAUUAAAAUUUUUUUCUAUUAAAAAAAUUUUUGUUCACUCACGGAGGGUGGGUUUUUGGUCAAAAAAUGGCGAUUUUUCUAAUGGUUUUGUUCGCUCACGGAGGGGGGGGGGGGAGUUAGAUAAGAUUGAAGAGGAUGAAUUUACUGGAUCAGAAAACACAUUUUUCAAGACUCCUCCGAAUAAAAUCGUAGAUGAAAGCAGAGAAUCAAAAAACUCAAAUGAAAAAAUUUUUAAAAAGAAAAUAGUUAAAGCAUUCGUAAUAGACACAAAUAAGGAACAAAUUAAAAUUCAGCCACAAGAAGAAAAGCCUGAAAGAUUUAACUGAAUUAAUGAAGCAAAAAACUUAACAGAUGUUAGAAUCAAAAUAAGAGGAAAUAUUAUAAAUCAUUCACAAGAAAGAUCCUCAGCGCAGAAAAAACAAAAGAACUCUGAAGAUAUAAAAUCUCAAAGUGAAAAGAAGCAAAAUAGCAGAUGGGUUUGGAAAGGAGCUAAUGGCGUCUUCACUAAAUAA